UCUCUCUCUCUCUCUCUCUCUCUCUCUCUCUCUCUCUCUCUCUCUCUCAUCAGCUCAAUGCCACACAUUUCUGAGACUUCGAGCGACUUCAAGACUAGAUUUGGUUACCAAGAACAUUGCCGUCCAUCGGAAUCGAUGCAGCCACCGAUCAGGGGCACGCCAGAUCUUCUCAAGUCAGUAAUGAAAGAGACGCCUUUGAAUUCAUCUGCCGUUUCCAUUUUCAGAGAUAGGGGCGAUUAUUCAUCUAUUGCGGUCAAUCUGAACGAUAGUUUUGAGUUCCGAGAAGAUCCAGCCUUCUGGAAAGACCAUAAUGUGCAGGUUAUCAUAAGAGUACGUCCUCUUAGCGAUUCUGAGAUUGCUGUCCAGGGACCAAGUAGAUGUGUCAAACAGGGAAGUAGUCAAACUAUUACAUGGACUGGUCCCCCAGAAGCACGCUUUACCUUUGACCAUGUUGCUGAUGAACAUGUUAGCCAGGAAAUGAUGUUCAAAGUUGCUGGAGUACCAAUGGUGGAAAACUGCAUGGGAGGCUACAAUAGCUGCAUGUUUGCUUAUGGCCAAACUGGUAGUGGAAAGACCCACACUAUGCUUGGGGAUAUCGAUGGAGGCUCUCGAAGACAUAGUGUCAAUUCUGGGAUGACACCUAGGGUCUUUGAGUAUCUGUUUACGCGGAUACAAAAGGAAAAAGAGGCUCGGAGGGAAGAAAAAAUACAAUACACUUGCAAAUGCUCGUUUUUGGAGAUAUACAAUGAGCAAAUCCUUGACCUGUUAGAUCCAUCAUCCACCAAUUUACAGAUAAGAGAAGACACUAAGAAAGGGGUGUAUGUUGAUAAUCUCAAGGAGAUUGAGGUUACAAGUGCUAGAGAUGUGAUACAACAACUUAUUCAGGGUGCAGCAAAUAGAAAGGUUGCCUCCACAAAUAUGAAUCGCGCAAGCAGUCGGUCUCAUAGUGUGUUUACAUGCAUAAUAGAAAGUAAAUGGGACUCUCAAGGUGUGACACAUCAUCGGUUUGCCCGUCUUAAUCUUGUGGAUUUGGCAGGCUCUGAAAGGCAGAAAAGUUCUGGUGCAGAAGGAGAACGUCUUAAAGAAGCCACCAAUAUAAACAAAUCACUUUCAACUUUAGGACUAGUUAUCAUGAACCUUGUCAAUGUAUCAAAUGGGAAAUCUCUUCAUGUUCCAUAUCGCGAUUCAAAGCUCACAUUUUUACUUCAGGAUUCUUUGGGAGGAAAUUCAAAGACUACAAUAAUUGCUAAUAUCAGUCCAUCUAGUUGCAAUUCAUUGGAGACAUUGAGCACACUCAAGUUUGCUCAACGUGCCAAGUACAUCAAAAAUCAUGCUACAAUAAACGAAGAUGCUUCUGGAGAUGUUCUUGCUAUGAGGAUGCAGAUUCAACAACUUAAGAAAGAAGUAUCUCACUUGCAAAGCGUGAUUAAUGGGGGAACUGGAACUGGAACUGGGAAUCAUGAAAAUGAUGGUUGGGCUGUGGGAUCUCCGGGAGGCUUCAGAUGGGAAGGGUUUCAGGGAUCAUUUAGUCCAGUUACUGCUGUUAAACGGAUGUCUCAGAAGAAAGAAUAUGAAGUAGCCCUUGUUGGUGCUUUUAGGAGGGAAAAAGAUAAAGACCUGACGUUGCAGGCAGUAACCGCUGAAAGCCAGGCUGCCAUGCAAUUGGCAAAACAAAGGGAAGAUGAGAUACAGGGAUUGAAAAUGAGAUUAAGAUUUCGUGAGGCUGCAGUAAAGAGGCUUGAGGGUGUGGUCUCUGGUAAGAUCUCUGCUGAGACGCACUUGCUAAAAGAAAAAGAAGAACAUUUAAAGGAGUUAGAAGUCCUACGCUCCCAGGUUGAUAGGAACCAAGAAGUCACACGAUUUGCCAUGGAAAAUCUUAGACUGAAAGAAGAGAUCAGAAGAUUAAAGUCGUUUUAUGAGGAAGGGGAGCAGGAAAGCAUGAAAGAACAGAUCAUGAUACUUGAGGAUAAGCUGCUGGAAGCACUUGACUGGAAACUAAUGCAUGAAUCAGAGAUUCCACAAGUUAAGGAAAAAAGUUUUGAUAUUGGCAUUGACAUGAUGAUGGACAGUCAAAGAGAUGGCGACUUUUUCAGCCUCAAGGACCCUGUAACUCCUCGCCACACGGAGAAAACAGAGUUUGAGUUCCCAUUAGUAACUACGCCCACACCCACUGUGGCUGUAAGUGAUCAAAGAGAGCUACAAACCAUGGUUGACGCCAUUGCAGCUGCAAGUCAAAGAGAAGCAGAAGCUCAUGAAACAGCAAUCAUAUUGUCUAAAGAAAAUGAUGGAUUACGAACAAAAAUCAAGAUGCUAAUAGAUGACAACAAUAAACUAAUUGAACUUUAUGAGCGAGCAGUUGCAGACAGUCAACAGAACAUCACCAAAGCUGAAGAGGCUAAAAAUGAUGACUACGUCCACUUAGCUCAAAAGGAACUUGAACUGAACUUGAAAAGAGAAAAAGAGAAUUUAGAGCAUCAGCUCAUUGAAAUGCAUGAAGAAAACGAUAAAUUGAUGGGAUUGUAUGAGAAGGCAAUGCAAGAAAGAGACGAGUUGAAAAGAAUCAUCUCUUCAACUGAACCUCAAAGCCGUGAUGGAGAUAUAGGCAAUGAAGAACACGCUUUUGGAUCUCAAGUUUGUGAAGGGGAUGAAAUCAAAUUGGACGAAGAUUUUGCUUUAUCUUGUGGAAGAAAUCUAGCAGAAGUGGCUGUGCAGCAAGAGGAACACACUAACAGUCAAUGCUCCAGUCCGAGAACAAGCGAAUUUCUUGAUCUAGAUGAACCUUCUACCAGUCCCAUGGAGGAGGUAAGGAUGGUUGAAGAUUUCAAAUUUGUUGAUGAACCAAAGGUAGAAGAAGACAGAUUCGUUAAUCUCCGGGAAAAGUUAGAUAAAGCACAUGAAACGCUUUCAAAGUCUUCGGAGAGCGUCGGUUUGUUUAGGUCCCUCGAGAGAGGAAUUAUCGAGAUUGAUCGGCUUUCACGGGAUAUACAGUCACUGGAAUCUAUGGUUGAGAUUAAACAAAAGGAUUACGCGUCGUAUAAUCUCAUUAUUUCCGAUCUGAAAGAACAGGAAACCGCGCUCGAGAGAAAGCUAACCGCACUACGAUUCUCCAUGGCGAAUUUCUCUUCAUCUCUUGGUUACUUCGAACAGCGUGAAGCUCAGACGAGGGCCAGAUCACAUGCGUCAUCGUUGAAUUUGAAAUUGAAGAAGAAAGAAUUUGCGGGUCUUGAAGCUACCAAGGAUGAGACCGAGCGAUUACAUUUGAAGAUUAAACAAUCGGAAGCAGAGUUGAAGAACAACAUAGCAACUUUGAAACUGAAAAUCGAGGAAGAGAAUAAGAAACGAGAAAAGGAUACAGUUCUCCUGGCCAUAGAUAACGUCAAAGUUGAGAACACAAACUGGCAAAUCGGCGGCAAGGCAACCGAAUUACUCAAAUCGGAAGAGGAGAAGACGAAGCUACAACUUCAAAUGAAUCACGAUCGGGAAAAACUGGAAACUGUGAGAAAGGAAUCGGAAAGACUUAGCGGGAAGUUACGGGAUCUGGAUCGGGAAAUCCAGGCUGCUGAAAUGGAGAUCCAGAAGUGCACCAAGUCCAUGGAGGAGAUGGAAACCAAGCUUGGAACCGUGGUCGAGGAGAGAGAGAUUGUGUUGGAGAUGAAAGAAACUGGAAAAAUGGAAUUCGAGAAUCUGUUGAUUGAGUUUGUGGAGUUUUUGUUUAAGAGGAAACUGAAAGAGGAAGAGAUGAUGAUACUAAGAGAGGAAAUGGAGAUGGAGAUGAAAAGAGAACAAGAGUUACAGGGAGAAAGAAGGAGCAGUUUGCAGAAAAUGAGUGGUAUGCUGGUGGAGGAGACAAAUGGGAUGUUGUCAGAGAAGUUGGCUCAAGAUCUUGAAACCUUCUGUUCCUCGUUUAUGGAGUUAAGGUCAGUGCUUGAAUGCUGACUGAUUAUUGGAUUACAUGGCGAUUAACUAACACUGAAUAACUCUCUCUACUAUUCUGUUGGAGUUGAAUGUUUUGAUUCAACUAAUGUUACUUACUUUUACAGUCUUCAUCAUCUAAGUAAUGUUGUGUGAUUAUAA